ACAUAGGAGGGAAAAAUUUAAACUGAUUCCUAGGGUUCCAUUGAUUUCCCAAUUUUCUUAACAAACACGAGCAUUUCUCAGUUUCUCUCUGUAUGAAGAAGAUACAGAGGAGAUGAGCAACAAGGAAAAUGCGGUGGUUACACCCGCCGGAGGUGAACUAUCGGCCGAGCAGAAGGCUCGAAUUUCCCAAAGUUUCAGAGCCGCCAAGGCACUCCUCGCCCGCAAACGGCCAAGGUCUGGGAAUGAGAAUGAAAUCGAUAGUCUGAAUCGCGUUGAUGGGAUUAAGAGGCUGCCCCUUUCCCAUAUUUGUACAAACACACCAUCCAUAGUAAACUUGAAAGAUCGGAAGUUGUCCGGAAGGAAUUGUGAUGAUGUAAAGAAUGGGGUGAAGAGUGAAAUACUUACAACUCCUGUUAAGCAAGGUGAAUUCAGCAACACCCGGUAUUUAGGAGACACUCGUAGUAAUGAAUUGAAUUGUGAAGGUCUUGGUGUGGAAGAAGUAGGCCUUUCUUCGAAAGAUGGAUCGAUCACGGAUAAAACUGAGUCAGGUUUAAAUAAGAAAUCGAUGGAACCAUUACUCUUUCCUGAUUUGAAUGGUUCUGUUUUGAUGUCUGAUGCUUUGAGCAAUGAUUUUGAUGAGUCAAUAUUAGAACAAAUCGAUGCUUUAUGUGGAGAAAAAAUGUCCGGAAACUCUAGAAGGGACGAUAACAGAACGGAAAGUGAGAUUGUUGGUAAAAGUUGCAAGGAGAAUAUCAUCACCAUCACAAAUAUUGAUGUUAGUGGCGAGUCUAUAAAAUCGGAAGAAGUUUUACAUUCUGCUAAUGAAAGAGCAUGUGGAGUCAACGAGUUGGUUAACUCGGAGAAUAAACUAACAAAUAAUAUGCCUGCGGAAUAUGCAAAGUAUAUUAAGUCCCUGAACGAUAAGCAACAGGAAGCAGCUUGUAGUGACAUUUCAAUUCCUUUGGUGAUUGUUGCUGGACCAGGAAGCGGAAAGACGUCUACCAUGGUUGGACGUGUAUUAAUGCUUCUAUGUGAGGGAAUCAGUCCAUCCAAUAUUCUGGCAAUGACAUUCACUACAGCUGCUGCAGCUGAAAUGCGAGAGAGGAUAGGGAAAGUUGCUGGAAAGGCAGCUGCAAAAGAACUCACUAUCAGCACAUUCCACUCGUUUUCGUUGCAACUUUGUCGCUUGCAUGCUGAGAAGUUAGACCGCACUCCUGAUUUUUUAAUAUAUGGGCACGGGCAACAGAGGAAAGCUAUUAUAGAGUCUGUCCGCCUGUUGGAGGAUGGAAAAAGAAGGGCCAAUCCCGAGCUUUGCAAGCUCACUGAGCUGUCGGAUGUCAAUUCUCCCAAACAUUUUAAAGACAAUGCCAAGAAAUGGCUUAAGUUCGUAACUAAGGCAAAAGCGGCGGGAAGAUCACCUGCAGAUUUUCAUAAAAUCGGUGACGAGACUGGAGCAAUUAUUCUUCAGAACUACAACGAAAUACUAAAAUCCUGUAAUGCUUUGGACUACCAUGACUUUAUCAGCUGUUCCGUGAAGCUACUAACCGAUUUUCCAGAAGUGUUUGUUGAGUGCCAAGAAUCAUGGAGAGCAAUUGUGGUUGAUGAGUUUCAGGACACAAGUGCCAUGCAGUAUGGCUUACUGCAGACUCUUGCUUCCCAUAAACGCAUAACUAUUGUUGGUGAUGAAGAUCAGUCAAUUUUUAGUUUCAAUGGUGCUAAUGCUUGUGGAUUUGAUUCGUUUAGAAAAGACUUUCCAAUGUACAAAGAGGUCAGACUAAAUCAAAAUUACCGGUCCACCCGCUGUAUCGUCGAAGCUGCAUCGUCUCUUAUACGAAAUAAUUUAAAGCGAUGCCACACAAAGGAUGCUCUGACCGAUAAUUCCUCUGGAUCCAAGAUAACCAUCAAGGAAUGUUGCAAUGAAGAUGCACAGUGUGCUUUUGUGGUUGAUAAAAUUAUGGAAAUUGCAUCAGAUGGUUCGUCUGCUAAGUGCUCAUAUGGCAAUAUUGCUGUUCUUUACCGGAGGCAGGUUACAGGGAAAAUAUUCCAAAACGCAUUCCGCAAUAGAAAAAUUCCAUUUAACAUUCACGGUGUGGCUUUCUAUCGCAAAAAGGUUGUCCGAGCCAUUAUUUCCUUGCUGAGUACUACAUUGCCUGGUUGUGAUGAUGGCCCGUUUCGUCGAGUAUUCAAGGCUUUACUUCCUUUUGAUAAAGAUGAAAAGAAGAAGGUAAUUGAACACAUUGACAAGGUUUCGACUGUGAGGAGAUGCAGCUUUAUUUCAGCAGCAUCUGAUAUAUUUAGUGCCAAAAUAUCUGGAACAUUUAAAAGGACUCAACUGACACAAGGAAGAAAGGUGUUGCUCACUCUAGACAUGAUAUCAAAACUUGUCUGUAGGGAGCAAUCAAUUUCAGCUGUUAUCACCUCUGUGGCAAACAUGAUACCUCAGAAAUAUCUUCUUGAACAACGAGCAGUUCUUGAUGUUGAUGGAGGCAAGCUGCUGAAUGAAGAUAAUGAUAUUCGAUCUGUGCUGCAGUAUCUAUUAGAUGAUUUGUCCCUAUUUUUGACUACCAUACACAAUGUUGCAGAAUCCAAUGAUAGUGUAGCACAGAAGAACGGUUGCAUGACUACACUUAAGGAUUUUCUUGACUAUAUUUCUGGACGGGAAAAAGAAAAUUUUCAAUUAAGAAAGCAUGAGAAUGAAGAUUCCGUUACCCUUACUACAAUCCAUCAGUCAAAAGGUUUGGAGUGGGACACAGUUUUCAUUGUGAAGGUAAAUGAAAAUGAGAUUCCCUUGUUGCAUGAAUACAAUGGCGCUCUGAACGAAAAUGGCACCUCGGUUGAGGAAGAGAGGCGCUUGUUGUAUGUGGCGAUGACUCGUGCGCGUAAAAAACUUUUUAUGCUAUAUGUGCUUAUGGAUUCUAAUUGGCAGGUUCUUCAAUCAUCACGGUUUCUUAGAGAAAUUCCACGCAGCCUAAUGGAGACCCAGGAAGAGCUGGUUUCAGUGAGUUCAAAUAAGACUUUCCCGCAAACUAAGCAAGAAGCUCCACCGGUUUCUGUUAGUCUCGCAACAGAAUCUCCUGAAAACGAUACAAUACAGCACGAUGCAGAUGACAAUUUAUUAAGUGAAGCAUUCAAAGAGUCUAGUGAACUUGAAAACUACAGUAGCAACUACUUCUUGAAAAGGUUCAAUGCCGAGGAUCGAGCUAUAGUUUCCCAUCUCUUCCAUCAAUGGGCCAAGAAGCCUGCAUUUCAUGACCCCAAGAGAUUACUAACUAAGGUUUCUUUUGUCAUUGAUGAACGACUGCGGGCCAAGAAAAGCACACACAAGGAUGUUUUACGAGAGCUGAAAUCUUGCUUAACAUCUGAUGAGGCUCAUCACUUUGCCGUAUCAGUUCUGAACUGGCUGCAAAUUCCUGCUGAAAAGCGUGCUUAUCUAAUGAGAGAGAAACAGGAACAUUUUCAGAAAUUAAGAAUCGAGAACUCGAUGGGUUCGUCUGAAGCAACUUCUAAACAGAUUUCAUAUUUACAGAGCCUUGGAUGCACGAUAGUACCUACUUCCCGCCUCCAUGCUUCUCGUUUGAUCGAGGAAUAUAAAUCAUUGUGACCUCCACAACUUGACUUACUGUCAUAUUUAUUUAUAUAAAAGAUAAAGGCUUUGUUUUAUUCUCAUAAUCUGUAUUUCAGUAGUCAGUACAGUAAUCUGUUCUUCAUCCUUAGUGAAAUUAAAUCGAAUUCUUUUAAA